CUAUCAUCAUUUCACAUCACGACAGGUAUCUUCUCUCUCUCCGAAUCACAUUUCAAACACUUAAGAUAUAUACUUCUUACAUAGCCAUGUUACUGUCUGUGCUUAUGUGGUAUAUCAUUUCCUACUCAGGAAUCCUGACGAUUGUAUCGCAAGCACACGUAGGCUUACUACGCCCCUGCGCCCGUGGAAGCCCGCAGGCUGGAUGCCCGGCUCCUUCGAAAGGCCAGCGGAUAGACUAUGAUCUCAGUGCUCCUAUUGGGACUUCAAGCAGCAGGGAUGCACCGUUAUGUAGACAGUCCACUCCUUCUACCACGCGAACCAUUGUCAAGGCGGGCCAUCCUCUGGAAACAACUUACUUAAUUGGUGCAGCCCAUGGCGGUGGACAUUGUCAGUGGGCACUAUCCUAUGACAAUGGCGAAAAUUGGGUGGUGAUCAAGACCAUAUACCGAAACUGCCUUAAAGGCCUUAGAACGGGUCAGCAUUAUUCCAUUUCGAUCCCAAUCCCUAAGAGCGCGCCUUCUGGGAAGGCUACACUCAUGUGGCUAUGGAAUAAUGCGCUUGGGGUGAGAGAGUUAUAUUCCAACUGUGCAGAUAUUGAGAUCCAUGGUGGACCAAAGACAGGCAAAUUGUCGGGUAUUGCACCACUGAUUGCAAACUAUGGCUCCGGGAGUGUGAAGAUUGGUGAGUUUGGUGCUGAUCCUAGACACGACGAUCGACGAGCAGCGUUUACAAAGCGGAAAGCUAUAACUAUCACUGUUUGAUAUUUGAAAAAGAGAACAACUUCGAAAUGCAUUGGCCAGAUAGUGUCAAUAUCCUGUAGUUUACCCUUAAGCGAUUAAAAAAUUUGAGA